UUCUUAACUUACCUAAUGCAUCACGCAAUGAUAGAAACUACUUUAUCUCAGCAUUUCAAAUGUUUAUCGACCAGGAAAAUUGAAACGCCACGAAAUAUUUUGAACGGAUCUUAUCGCGGUGUUGAGGUUAAAAUGUCGACAAGAAAUUGGCGAGAAAAUACUGUGAAAAAUGGACGGAAUAUAAAGUGCACGGCGAAGGACAGAAUACGCGAGAAGCUCACAGCCCGUGUGUCCCCUAUGAGUGUCGGUAUUUGCCGAAUUACAGAAUCAAUGAGCUCAAAUCAAGCCGAGAAAGAAACUUCUGGCCUUGAUCCUAAAUUUAAAGCACUGGAACAACAGCAGAGCAACCCUCCACGGAAGCACAAAUUUCAUACGCAAGACCCGGAAAAAACACCGGCAAAAAGAGUGUGCACAAGUAACGAAAAAAACAAUUCUGCAGCAGCAUCCUUAGUUUCAACACAAGGGAAUAAGGAAAGUUUAUCAAGCACAGAGAGCACGUCGGGGGAUAGCCUAGAAACACUGGUAUCUGCGUCACAGUGUCACCUAGCAACGCUCCAGGACGAGGAUGGUGACACACCCCUGCAUAUCGCCAUCGCCCAGGAAAACAAGAACUUGGUGCUGUACCUCGUCAGCCUGAUGCGGUGUCUGACUCUCGACAUCUACAACAACCUCAGACAGACUCCACUACACAUAGCGGUCAUCACGGAUCAACCGGACAUCGUCAAGUGCCUCAUUUACGCAGGCGCCAACCCCAACCUACCGGACCGCAAUGGACAGACGCCUGCACACUUGGCAUGCCAACGGUCAGCAGUUAGAUGUUUGUACGAGCUUACCUCAAGCUCUUUACUGGACUACAACAUUCGCAACUUUGAAGGCCUGAUGCCUCUACAUAUUGCAGUCGCCAAAAGAGACAAAUACGCCAUUGCGCUGCUUGUACAGAAUGGGGCGAACGUUGAUUGCAAGGAUGGGAAAAGCGGCAAAACGCCCUUACAUCAUGCCAUUGAAAGGAAUGACCUGCAAAUCAUAAAGACACUACUGGACAUGUCCGCAGAUAUCAAUGCAACCGAUUUCUCAGGCGUCUCGCCGAUGGCCAUGGCAAAUAGGCGGGGUUUAGCUAAUGCAGUGAGACUGUUGGGAAACCGUGGCGAGGAUCAAAGGGUAGACCUGUAGCUAGCAUAACAAUAAUAAAUGCUGAAUGUGAUAAUUAUACACCUAUUUCAAUUAAGGUUGCACAAGAGAAUCUUUGUAUCGUAACCUGCAGUGGGUUUCUUACGGCCGUAAGAACAUUUAGAGCUACAUAAACAAGAAUGCUAAUACUCUAAAUCUGUGUUUGUUUCGAUUUACGUUUAUUUUCUUAUUCAUUUUAUACCCAUGAAGCACUGCGGGCAACGACACAUGGAUUCUCUGAGUGCGACCAGGUUGUGCAGGUUGUACAUAAGGAUUAAUAACACAUUUGUGCAUCCAUCGCACAAAGUAUUCUCACUGGAUCUGUUUAUUAUGAGAACAGGCUCCAUUUUUUUACAAUGCUCAACAUAUUUUUAUAGCCUAUAAAAAACUAAAAUAAUUAGGUUUGUUUUGUAUGUAGAUAUAAAUAAAUGGAACAGCAUUUUUUAUAAAAAUUGGUCCAUAACAGUUUAUUAAUAAGUCAUGUGGAAGAGACAAUUUUAAAUAAUAACUAGGAAUUAUAAGAAUUAUAAAACGAUUAUUUUUGGAUUUGAAGUAUUUAUAAAGCAUCAGCAAGGACAUCUGUUACCCAAUUCACAUUAAAUGUGUUUUAAAGGAAAACUUCAUCAAAUCUCUGUAAUAGAGAACUUCUUGCCUGUCUGCUUUGAUUAAUAAAAGCACUUGCUCCAUGUCAGACAA